UUUAGUUAGAAAAUGGGAUAAAAAAUAUAAUUUUAAAAAUAUAAUAACAGAAGAAACACGCAAAAACAUAUCCAUUAGUGUCACAACGGUGCUUUCAGCAGUUCUUAUUACCAGAAAGGAAAGAAAGACCAGAAUUUUGUAAUAAGAGUUUUAAGAGAGAGAGAGAGAGACUGUUUUGUAAGGUGAAAAGAGAGGAGAAGAUGGAAAACACAGACGAGCUCGUGUCCAUUGAGCUUCCAGCUCCUCCUUCAUGGAAAAAACUGUUUUAUCCGAAGAGAGCAGGUACGCCGAGGAAGACAGAGAUAGUGUUCAUGGCUCCAACGGGUGAAGAGAUCAGCUCACGCAAGCAGCUAGAGCAGUACCUCAAGGCUCAUCCUGGGAACCCUCUCAUCUCUGAGUUUGAUUGGACGACUGGGGAGACUCCAAGGCGGUCAUCAAGGAUCAGCCAGAAGGUGAAGGCUGCUACAAGCCCUACUCCUGACAAAGAACCUCUCUUGAAGAAGAGACGCUCUUCUCUCACUAAGAAGGAUAAUAAAGAGGCUGCUGAGAAGAACCAAGUGGCAAAACAAGCAGAGGCUGAGAAGAAUGGGCAGACGGAAGAAGCAGAGGUUGCUGUUAAGGAUGGACUGAAAGAAACUGCUGUUGAGGGUGAGAAGUCUGAGGCUGUGAAGGAGAACAAGGAGGCUGAAAACAAAGAAGGAGAAGCUGAGACAGACAAGAAAGAGCCCAUGGAAGUAGACACCUCUGAGGUGGAGAAAAAGACUGAAGUAGAGAGCAAGGAGGGAGAAGUUGUGACGGAUAAGAAAGAGCCCAUGGAAGUGGAGACCUCGGAGGUUGAGAGUGGAGGAAGAGCUGAAGAAACUCCCAGCGUUGAAGACCUUAGGGACACUGAAAUAAAAGAACCACAGGAAGCUGUCACUGAGGGUGAUGGAGAGAAGAAGCUUGCAGAGAAAGAGACUGAGAACAAGGUCGGCAGCAUGGGCGCUGAAACAAACGGAAAUGAAACCAAAGAAGCGGAUGAGCACAAGACAGAUGGUGAGCGUAACCUUGAUGCAGACGCAGAAGCUAAUAAGGAGACUGGAACACAAGAAGCUGCAGCAGCUGUGGCCGAGGAGAAAAGUAACGAGGUGAAGGCGGAAGACACAAACAGAGGCUUAGAGGCGCAGCAUGGCGCUGCAGCGUCCGUGAGCUGUUAAAAAACCUAUCGUUCAGCACAAAGCACAGAACGUGGAGAGUUUGUUGUUGUCUGAUUCAGGUGUAGCAUUAACAUUUAUUACGAGUUGUUGUUGUUGUACGUGCUGGUAGAACUUGUACGUCUAUGUAGUUCAUUAUCACUAGAGUCUUGAACUUUUGUGCUGUUGUUCUAUUGUACUUCUGGUAUGUUGUUAAUUUUAUUUUUAGGCAUUUAUUUUUGUCUGUUUCUCUU